AUGCCGGAUGAGCAGCAGCAGUCCUUCUUCGAGUCGCUGUAUCAUGCGCUGGACGCCGACGCCAAUGAGAUCGCAGAUGGCCUGUUUCUGGGCGCUGCCAAGGCGGCCUCGGACAAGGCGGCCAUGAAGAAGCGGAAGAUCUCCCACGUCCUGAUAGCGCACCCCACCAUGCCGGAGAAGCACCCGAAUCACUUCAGGUAUGGCCGCGCUCCUCUGGUGGACAUCCCAAAUUUCAACCUGCUGGAGAUGAUCCCGGACGCGUUGGCGUUCCUGCGUGAGGCGAGAUCCAAAGGCGGUAAGGUCUUCUGCUACUGCGCCAAGGGCAUCUCCCGGAGCUCCUCGCUGGUGAUCGCGCUUCUCAAUGCCCUGCUGCUUGGGUCCCUUCCGGACCUCUUCCUGGGAGGCGUGUCUCCAGCCCGGCCAAACGCGAAGGCUGAGGCAAAGGAGGUCCGACUGCUGGAUGAGGAGGGCAGCUGGAUCUUCCUCCUCUUGCGGGGCAUGACCACCGUGAGCUUCUGCCGGGGCGAGCUACCGAUCACUUGGCUGCGGGAUCGCCUGGCCCGGCUGCUGGCGGCGAACCCCUGGCUCGGGGGCCGCCUCGUGCGGAAGAGCGAGGCGGUGUACCUCAGCUUCGGGUGUGACGCCGAUGCCGAGCGGCACUUGCAGCUCCUGGGGCCCGACGUGAUCCAAAUCACCGCCGACAUGCCUUACGAGCUCAUCAGCCAGCAGGUGAGUGGCUCCCCAGCCGAAGUGAGGUCGGGCAUGGACUGCCUCCAGAACCCCCGCGAGCCCUUGAUUCGGGUGUCCCUGUGCUGUGAAGCUGGCGAUCGAUUCGCGCUCAUCGUGUCGCUAUCUCACAUCAUUGCGGACGGGCGAUUCGGCUGA